UGGUCUGAUUGGUGUCCGACCUAUUUGAGUCGUUUUUAGUCUUCUACCAUUAUGGUAUAUUUUAUUACCAUGAACAUAUGACCAUCAAAUAUGUUUUAGUCUUCUACCAUAUCUACUUGGAUGAUGAUAGACGAUACAGCAAAAAAACCAAAACUAGUCGGGUAAUUCCAAUUUGACUCGACUGAUCUAACAAACAUGUUUUACACUACGAUAGUAAUUGAAAUAAUAAUCAAUGUUAUUUUGUGUGGGAGAGAGAAGUGAAAGUUUAUGAAAUAUACUUAAAAACAAGUAUUUGAUGGACUUAAUUAUUAGAAAAUAGUAAAAAAGAAAGAAAAAAAAGAACCACAAAUGCUACGAUAGUAAUUGAAAUAAUAAUCAAUGUUAUUUUGUGUGGGAGAGAGAAGUGGAAGUUUAUGAAAUAUAAGUAUUUAAAAACAAGUAUUUGAUGGACUUAAUUAUUAGAAAAUAUAUUUAAAAAAAACCACAAAUGCGUCCCUCUCCUUUCUCUCCAAAUUGGAGGGGAGGGUUCAACAAUACAAAAGGUGGAAAGUUUUCCCUCCUUCCAUACUUUCCUUCCUCUGAACAAUAAGGGAAAACUCAUUGGGAAUCUCACUUUCCUUCCUCCCUUUCCCUCCAUUUCUCUCCUUAAAAAACAUAGUGUAAGCGUAUGCUUUUGUUUUUGGGUAAUGCACAUUUGGUCACUAAGAUUACUAAAUCGUGUCAUGUUUAGUCACUAGAAAAAUUUAAUACAAUUUUGGUCGCUCGAAUUACUGAAACAGGUCACAUUUAGUCACUCUCUCGUUAGUUUUCGUCCAAAUCUAUUAAUGGAGUUGGACGAAAACUAACGGUAGAGUGACUAAAUUUGACGUGUUUUAGUAAUUCGAGUGACUAAAUGUGACAUGUUUCGGUAAUUCGAGUGACCGGAGUUGGACGGAGGCUAACGGGAGAGUGACUAAAUGUGACAUGUUUCAGUAAUUCGAGUGACCAAAAUUGAUAUUAAUUUUUUCUAGUGACUAAACAUCACACAAUAUAGUAAUCUCAGUGACCAAAUGUGGCAUUUACCCUUUUGUUUUUACUUUUGUUAGGGAGUGGAUAGCAUACAAAACCCGACCUGCAAAACUCUGUAAAUUUCAGUUGUAAGCCGAGGUAUUAUACCGGAACCCAGGCCCUUUCGUUAUGGCUCGUUUGUUUUCGUAAUGAAUAUUUUAGGAAAAAUUGCAAGUUUGGUCACUAGAUUACUAAAGUUUAGUCUCUAGAAAUAUAUGAUUUCAAUGUUAGCUACUCCAAUUAGUCAAACAGUUCACAUUUGACUAAACAUGACACUUUUUAGUAAAACGAUUGACCAAACAUGCAACACAUCAUAAUUCAUAUCCAUGAUCUUAACUCAUUGGCCCAUGCUUUAAUAUAGUUGUCUUCAUCUCUUUUUAACGUGGAUCAUCAUUUGGUCUCUCUUUCUCAUGAGUUGGUGGCAGAGAUAAGGAACAUAGAGAUUAGAGAUCUAUCAUGUCCAUGUGAGAUGUUUAGUGAUAGGGUGCAAAUUACCAUUCAAGAGCUCCCACCCCACCCCAUCUCCGACACCGCCACAACACUCGAUCGUUAACCCCAGUCCUAUUGUCAAGUGUCAACUCCACUAAUACUCUGGUUCCGCCUCUUUCGCCGGCCUUUCCUUCCGCCUGCAGUCUUACACCGACGCCUGCUAAUAUCUGGCACGGCUAUGUUGCCGAUGGCACCCUCGUUUCAUCCAAUUCUACAAGUUCCUCCGCUUCUAAACUACCAAAAUCAUAUCACGAUUGGUGUUCACCGUUCAGCCUCCAGGAGUUACGUUGUUGCAUGUAGGGUCAUGACUUCCGCUUUGCAGCCAGUGGCUUGGGUCUGCAUUUUGGGGAUUAGGUCGAGGGCAGAGGAAAAUUCCAAUCGGGUACCCGAUUAGCUGUCGGUUAUGGCCGAGAAAAGUCGCAAACCGCUUCUAGAACUUCCAGACCUUUUUAACCGACCGUUUAGAUGCUAAUCUCUUAUCAGUUAAACCGAUGCUCGUCGAUUUUGGUUCGUUUAUCAGCCCUAGCUAACGAUAUGGUCUUAGAUUAAUAGGUCUAGAGUUGGGUUUGAGAGGUGUUUUGUAAUCAGGGUCGAGAUGGGUGUAGCGAGCUGGGUGUUCCAAACACAUCCUUGAAUUUUAGAAGAAUUGGUUGUACAAAACUUGAAUUCUAGAAUAAUUGGUUGUACAAAAGAGGGAGGAUGAUAAGAACCCGAACUAGUAAAAGUUUAGGUUUUUUUGUCAAAGUCGCGCAGCUUCAACUAAAGAUUGGAUAGCUCGAACCGACUGUCAAACAAACAUAAAUAUAAAGGGAUACGUGGAGAUAGAUACUCGUCACAAUCAAGUGUGAUCGCUUGAUUGAUGAGAAUCUUGUCAAUCUCUUCUGGAAUCUUCAACAGAAAAACUCAAACAAGGAUCUUGCCCUAGCUAUGGAAUUCACCAAUAGCUAAACCAAUAACCCAUAAGCACGCUGGCUCCAUAGGGGAAAAACACACCUCUGUGUAAAAUUCUUAUUCAACAAAGUCUAACCCUAAAAUUCGCGUUUACAACCUUUUAAAUAGGUCCAGCAAAAUAAAACUAAUGAAAACACAGAAAAGGAAAAAGAAUCCUAACACAAAAAGGUAAUUAACUCGUCAUGUGAAAUUCCACAGUCUGCCCUCAAGAUUCCACGGUCGUUGAUUUAGGUGUCUUGGACAUGGAAUUGUUCUGAUCAAAAUCCACUAUCUAAACUUGAAUUCCACGGUCGUGGAUUUAGGUGUCUUGGACAUGGAAUUUUUCUGAUCAUCCACUAUCUAAACUUGAAUUCCACGGUCGUGGAUUUUUUACUGGUCACCAUACGAUCUUUUGGUUGCUCGUUCGGUGCCCCCAGAAGCUUCGUUCUUCUCAUCCGAUGCCUUCACGAUGUUAGCAGGACUUGUACUUUCAUUUCCAACUCCUAACUUCCUUCGAAUGCCUCCCAAUCAAAACGAGUAAGCCUCCAAAAUAGUAAUCAUGGACUUUUUCCCAAACUUAUAAGCCAAAUUUCCAGCUCCUUCUUCCCUUGACUUAGUUUCUUGUUUGAACAUCAAUGUAAAUGAUUUUGGAUCACAACCCAGGAUCACAUCAGAGGAGUACCUGGAGUUUGGAUGCACUUAAUGCUCAUGGUGAAUAAUUAUUCUUACCAACACUGAUCUUUAUGUUAGAAGAAUUUCUGCAACGGCUUUCCUAACAUUGCCUUCCAAUUCCCCACAUCCUGCAUACCUUCGAACAUCAUUUCCUUACCAUUCCUAUCAAAGUACAUAUAGAGGUUGACAAAAUCAAAUUUGAAAGAACUAAUGAUCUUCAACCAGUCCAAUUCAAGGACCAAGUCAUUGAAUCCCAACUACAAAAUUCUCACAUCAUAGGUGAACUAAUAACCAUGCAUCUCCCAAGUGAAAGAGAUGCACACCUUGUCAAUAAGCAACACAAUAUCAUCUAACAAUUUAACCCUUAGUGGUGUAGCUUCCUUCAUUGCACAACUCAUUGGCCUUCCUCUCAUUGGGAAACGGGUGGAUAUUUUUAGUAUCCACCAAAACCAAUUUUUUUUAUUUUCCCAACAAACCCCAUGCAUAUUAAUUAUUUCUUAUUAUAUUUUUUUAUCGCUAAUGAAUUAGCCACUACACCACUGCUUAAGGCAUGUAUCGAGACCUCCACAAGUUCUUCAUUGCUAAUAAUGACAUCAGAUGUCU